AUGACCUUUCAAAAUUUUCUUGCCCCCGUCUCCGGGUCGACCGCUACAAUUCCAGGGGGCGGAACGGUGGAGGCCAUGAGGGAGAUCGUGGAAGAGGUCAUGCUUCCUACGCACACAUUGACCAUGAGCGAUGAUGUCGGCGUGGAAAUCACUAGGCCGGAGGUGCAGCAAUAUAUUUCCGACAAUCGACGCCUGCUGCACUCGGCGUUCUUGCUCUACGCCGAGGCUUCCGAGGGCGGAGCCCUCAUCACCUUAGACCACUUUAGAGAGCUAAUGGAUGACUGCGGAGUGAUGUCCGCCAUGACCGCAACCACCAGCGGCAGAGCCAAGUUCGACUUCCAGGCGGAGACUUGCUUUCUCCAGACCACCGGGGCGACCGGAAGUACUGCUGGGGGAUCAGUUGGUACCCUCGAAAAACGUUCCUCGGUUGGCACAGGAGUCCUUCCACUGUCGUCGUCAGCAUGUACACGUGGGUCAACGUCCUCAACACAUCCACCAACAAUUUGGCCCCGCCACCAUGCCUUCAGCCAGCCGCACCGCUCUGUUACCGGUGCGCCGGUGCUGCUCAUUCCCACUGCUCAUUCCUCGUGCCCUGGUUCUCCCGCAGGUUCAUGCUUCUGA